AUGACUGAACAAGGAACAUACAUAGUAAGUGCGGAGUACCUGAUCUGUGAUUUGGUUCGACUUAGUCGCUGCGCCACGCAGAUAAAUGACGACGAGACAAAGAACUAUCUUCUCCGCUCCUCUUCUCCUGAACCGCUGGACGAGCCACUUCAGUGGCGUCUGCAACGCUGGAUCUCUGUCUACACCCCGCCUAGCGGAGCUUACUUUCCUUGGUCUCAUGGGCCCCUGAACUGUCCAGGAAAGAAGAUCGCCCAGGUGGAGUUUGUCGCCGCACUUGCGUGCCUAUUUCGAGAGCGUCGGUUUUGUAUUCCCCUUCGUGAUGGGGAGGAGUUCGAGGCUGCGCAAGCACGCAUCCUGAUGACGCGGGAUAGUCUACAAACGAUACUUUUUCGCAUUUGUGAUGCAGAUACUUCGCGUCUGGUCUGGGAACGCGUGGAGUAA